AUGACGCCGGCGGAGGCGGAGCAGGCAGCGGCGGCAGAGGGCUGCACCGCGACGGCGGAGGAGGGAGCGCUGCUUUACGCGCGCGAGCUGGGAGCGGAGGCGUCCACAGCAGCGGCGGCAGCGGCGGCGGCCGAGCCUAUGACGGCGGCGGAGGCGGAGCAGGCAGCGGCGGCAGAGGGCUUGACACUGGUGCGCUCGUCGCGCUCCAGAAGCGGGUUCGAAGGCGUGUACGCAAACUCGAAAUGCAUCGGCUUUGUGGUGGGCCGCAGGGUUGAUGGUAGAACGCGUCACAUUGGCUGCACCGCGACGGCGGAGGAGGGAGCGCUGCUGUACGCGCGCGAGCUGGGAGCGGAGGCGUCCGCAGCAGCGGCGGCAGGGGCGGCAGGGGCGGCGGCCGAGUCUAUGACCGUGGCGGAGGUGGAGCAGGCAGCGGCGGCAGAGGGCUUGACACUGGUGCGCUCGUCGCGCUCCAGCACCGGGUUCGAAGGCGUGUGCGCAAAAUCGAAGGGGAGAGGCUUUAACGUGACGCGCAGGCGUGAUGGUAGAACGCAGCACAUUGGCUGCACCGCGACGGCGGAGGAGGGAGCGCUGCUGUACGCGCGCAAGCUGGGAGCGGAGGCGUCCGCAGCAGCGGCGGCAGCGGCGGCAGCGGCGGCAGGGGCGGCGGCCGAGCCUAUGACGGCGGCGGAGGCGGAGCAGGCAGCGGCGGCAGAGGGCUUGACACUGGUGCGCUCGUCGCGCUCCAAAAGCGGGUUCGAAGGCGUGUGCGCAAAAUCGAAAGGCAACGGCUUCGUGGCCGUCAAAGGGGUGCGCGGUGCAAAGCAGUACCUCGGUUACGCCGCGACGGCGGAGGAGGGAGCGCUGCUGUACGCGCGCCAUCUUGGCGAGGAGGCAUCGGCUGCGGCCCAUGCAGCGGAGGACGAGUACGCGGGGCGCCAGGCGGUCGAGAUGUCGAAUGCAGCCGUAGAAGGGAGUAGAGAGGCACAACCAGCGACGGCGUCAAGGACGCGGCCCAGGCACAAGCUCAUCCAGGGACGGCGCGUGCAGCGGCUGAUGGGUCUGCCCGCCGAGAUACACGCCCUCGUGCUCGAGCACCUCGCAGCCAGCGCGCCGCCGGCCAGCUUCGUGGCGUGCGCCGCCGCCUGCGCUGCGCUCUUGGAGGUGUACACGCGGCACCGCGCUCAGCUCUGGUGCUCCGCGCUCAGCCGCCGGGUUCGCCUCCAGGGUGCCCUGCCCGGCGUUCAGCGCGACUGGCAGGCACUCUACCGAGCAUUACUCGGCGGGCGCGACGGGCUCGAGGCUAAGGGGUGGGCGGACGACAACAAGCUCGACAAUGCGGACGAGAUGCGCCACGCGUGGUGGCAGGCCGACGCGCUGGCGUUCAGCGCCGUCAACGGGCUGGUGCUCGUGCGCUAUCGCGGGUACGAGGACGAGGGUGAAGACGAGUGGAGGCCACUCACGCAGCUGCGCCCUUACGAGGAGCGGCCCUCCGCAUUGUGGCGCUCGACGAAGCGGACCAAGGGUGAGGCGGUGGAGGUGGCAUGGGCGCCGCCAGACCACCCCACUGCUAGGUGGGAAGCCAAGGUGAUCGCGGUCCGCGCACGCAAGGCGAAGAAGAAGGAGCUCUCCAAGCUGCUAAAGGCGAUUCCGGUCUCGAAGCAGCUGUUCGGCGAGGUGGGCGAACGGGCUCGCUACGAUGCCGCGCGGAGCGGAGGGCCCGUCGAUGAGAGCACCUUCCGCGCGCAGCUCCAGCACUUCACCUGGGGGCUAUUUGCCGACUGGGAUGCAGAGCUCUGGGAGAAUGUUUUGCUGGCCGGUGGUGCCGUCCUCGGAAGCCUCCUCCCAGCACCGCCUGACUGCAAGGACCUGAGGCCCCUCGACGGCAACGGCGGCGCCUCGUGGUGUGCUGGCGUGCUGCACGUCGGGGACGACCUCGAGAAGGACUACCUUGCGGCCAGGGCGGAUGCAGAGGCGGAGGCGGCGGCGGCGGAAGAGGAGGAGGGGGAGAGUGAGGGGGAGGCGGAGGCGGGGGCACCCGUGACGGCCCGCUACGAGAAGGGCGAGUACCGGUUCGCGCGGGAGAAGAAUUGCGACCUGCGUUUGCUCGACUUCGAGACGUUCGGCGGCUUCGGGGACGGCGUCCGCAGAAUUCUUCGGCAGGCGGCGGACCAGCUGAGUAACAAACUUUCGCACGCUCAGCACCUCGAUGAGGUCACAUGGACCACCAAGAACUGGCACGGGCUGCAGAUGCAGCGCUUGUCUGUCGUUCUCCACACCGCCGUGGCGUGGCAGACGGUGAACGAGCUAGCGUGCGGGGACAGCGGCAUUGUGCACGGAGCUAAGUGCAUUGCCGUUCUUAACGGAGUCGCUUAG